AGCCUCUUGUCUAUAUUGGUAAAGAGACCAAAUGGUCUGCUGAUGACUUAUUCCAAAAUCAUUUCCAUUUGUUCUGUUAAUGGUGAAGCAUGGAUUUAUCAAGUAUGUUUUUCUUCCUUCAUUUUUCAUGUGUCCAGGAUGAGGAGUUUUGAAUUUUUCUAAUCGAAAUAUAUUAUUUAGUUUGUAUGUUAUGGAAAACUAAAAAUUUAUUAGUUGGUUUUUCAGUUAAUUAGUUCUUCAGUUAAUUAGUCUAUUAAUUUUAAAAAGUCUAUUAAUUAAUUUUUCCGUUAAUUUUUAUUAAAAUGAAUGAGAUAUAGAGAUUAAAUAAUAAUUUUUUCUUAUUUAAUAAAAUGAUUAAUCCGACCAUUAUGUCUAUAAAUUAGAAUAGUAAACUAACAUGGUUUUAAAACUGAUGAGUUGUUUUUAAAUAGUUCAAGUAUGCAAAUGUGCUAUAUUUGGAGUUAAGUUUUUUGGAAAAACACAUUAAUUUUGUUUGGAUAGAAAAACUGAAAAUCAAAAGCAGUACACCACACAGAGCCUGGGAUAAGCGGCCAGCCCUGUAAAAUCGUACAUAAUCCAUGCAAAAUCAUGUUGUAGAGGUGUGGAAAGUAACUGGACUCCCGAGGAGCAGAGUCUCCCAAUUGCACCAAGAACAAGUCUAAGAAUGGGAAAUUUAGAAAGCUGUUCUCCAACAACAUGUUAUAAUUGAUUUCCUUAUUUUUUAAAGAUGAUUUAAAUGAUGGGGGUAGCUCUCUUGUUUUUCCUAGAUUCUUUCAUUCCAUCCAAUUGGAUUUGGAUAUGGAACUUGUCUACGAAGGUUUAAUAUCUUCUGGAGAUUUAUUUUUUAUUUAAUUAGCAUCAAAUUAAUUAGCAAGUAGAAACAUUUUUUAAACCUUUUGGCAUUUGAACGUGUAGCAUAACCUAACUAUUAAAAAAAAUUGAGUUGAUUACUUAAAACUUAGUAAAAAAGGUUUUGAAUAUAACUUUUUUUUCCCCCUUUAUAGAGGUUUUGAAAGGGACACUUCGGAUGAUCCAAUCUGUUGCAAUUGUGAAUAUUCACUAAUUACUAUAUAUUAUCAUUUUAAAGACUAGAAAAGAUUGUUUUUAAAUUUCCCAAAACUAUAUUUUCAUUACAAGUUUAGUCGGAGGUCCAAUGUGAACUUUUUCAGUUAGGAAAAGAAAUAUUGAUUUGAUUAAAGUAUUGUCUGAAAGAGAAACCAUUGGUUUAUAGACCCACUUGAAUGUGCUUUACUAUAUGAUAAUUAGCGUACGGAUUAUACAUGAAAAUUUUGAGCUUCUGAAAGUUCGAGAAUGUUCAUGUUGUUUCCUAGGAUUGUGAAGGAAGCUGGUGAAGAUUGGGCACCAACCUUGGAGAAUAAGUUGUGGGUUUUUUUUUGUUGUUAUUAUUUUUGUUAAUAUUCCAUACUCUUUUAGGGCAGAGAUACGCGUUUUUCAGUAGAGUAACCAGUCAACUGAUUCUAAUCCAAGUCAUUCUUCAGAAACGAGCUUCUUAUUGAAGCAGCAAAUGACGAUGCCUAUUUAAGCUGUUAACUAGAUAGAUAUAAACACACACAGUAUAGCUUCUUAUUCUUCUUCUUUAGUCAAGUGUUCUCACUUUUCAGCUGCACUUAAUUACUUACUCUGCUCCAUUUCAAGUUUGUUGCCUCUACUCCAUUUCAUUUUCAGUUUCCUAAAUCAAGCAUUGCAUUUUCUUCUCCAUUCAUGCAUUACUAACGUACGUUUCUGUCUUGUUUUAGACAAAAGCGCGUGAAAGAUGGACUCUGGAAUUGGAUUCAGAUUCUAUCCAACCGAGGAAGAAUUGGUGAAUCACUACCUGAGGCUCAAGAUGCUUGGCUAUGAUGAUCAAGUCCAAGAGAUCCCGGAGGUUAAUGUCUUGGAUUUUGAACCGUGGGAUUUGCCUCGUAUCCAGCAUCCACAGGCGGUGAUAGCUAAUAAUUCGAAUGACCAAGUGUGGUAUUUCUUUUGCCCUCGUAAUUACAAGUACUCAAAUAGCAAUCGGGCCAAAAGGACAACUAAUGGUGGAUACUGGAAGGUCACAAGCAAGGAUCGUCGUAUCAACAAGAAUGGUAUAAAAAAGACUUUGGUUUUCUAUCAAGGUCGUUCAAAAGGUGUCAAGACCAAUUGGGUCAUGCAUGAGUACAAUCCCACUUUCGGCUUCCGAACCCAGAGGGAUUUCGUUCUUUGCAAGUUAAAGAGAAGGCCAGAUGAUGCAGAUGAUGUUCCAACCCAGGAAGCAGGUGGAUCGAGUACCGUGGUGGCUUCUGCUUCUGGAAAUAAUGCGACAGAUGAAGACUCUCAGCUACAAGCAUACGUGGAUUCAUUCGGUGGCAUUAAUGAGAGAGAUUACAAUCUUAACUCUGCAAUGCAGUGGCCGACCUACUAUUAUAACUAAGAAUUUAUAUGGGUAUUUGAAAGCUGUAGCUGAUGCAGUAGGUGGUUUUGAUUUCUCGUUAGAUAUGACAAGAAGCUCUAUCCAAAUGCAGCAUCCGCAGUUAAUUGUAGUGUAGCUACGUAAUUAGGUUUUCUUCUUACAGUUUUAUAUGUAUUUCAUGCUUAUUUGUUCGUACCAUGUAAACCUACAAGGGUACCUGCAUUUGGUCUGUGUACCUCUUUUAUCAUCAAGUUAUAAAAACUAUGUUGCAUGUUUAUUAUAUCU